UAUAAAUAUGAUAGUCGUGUCUCAUUACAAUGCUAAUGAAAUUUCGAAAUGUCCUAUAUAACAGAUACAAUAAAAAGAAAAUAAAAAUUUUCGAAUACUUUCACGAGCCAGUUUAAGUGAAAGAUAUAAAUUUUGGAAAGGUAAUAGGAAGGAAAGCCAUCUUAAACGCAAACCGCUUAAACGCGGCGUUUGAAGGUUAGCAGGCCUCCUGGCGUCGUAUCACCGCCUAAUAAAAUGACUGGUCGUCUGACCAGCAUAACCUCGCCAACCCAUCGACCCCCGCUAUACGUUCCUGGGAUAAACGCAGAGAGUAAAGAGGCGGAGGUGGAGGAGGAAUAGAAAGAGGAGGACGAAGAGGAGGAAGAGGAGGAGGAGGAGGUGGAGAAAGGUGCAGGAAGAGGAAGAGGGUGGGCAGGGUCGAGGGUGAACCCCUUAUUGAUUUUUAGGGUGACACUGUCAACCGGCGAGUGUUGAGUCCCCCGCGACGGGAGGGACUUUGAAACGACGAGGAGUGAGAAAAAAUGUGGCGGCCGCUGCGCCAUUCCACGCGCGAAAAGCAUCCCUUCUUUACAGUUAUCUUCUUUUUCAUUUUCUUUUCUCAUGGUUCUGCGAUCGAUUAGAAUUUCAUACGCGAAUAAAGAUGAUUAGGAAACUGUCCGAUCCUCGCUUUCCGCUAGAAACAUGAAACAUUUUUUCGUUGUGUAAAAGUGGCGAGUGCGGCGUCGGCGGCAGCGGUGGCGGUGACAGAAAAGAGUAACUGUGGCGAGGCGCAGUCCCGUUGCGGUCGGGGGUUUAGCUCUCGGCGCAGGGCCGUACGCAUCCGUGGGCGACGCUCCACGUGGAACAGCUGCCUUCUCGCGUCGUCUUGCAUGUUUUACACGUCUCGGGCAUUCGGAUCGCGGUUUUAAUUCUCGGGAAGCGAUAUCACGCUGACGGUGGACAAAUUUCCUUUCAAUUCUACACGUUUUUUUUCGCACCUUCGAGUCAUAGUUGACGUCCAGUUUAUUUUUCUUUUUUCCAUUCUUUGUAAUCGUUUGGCCGAGCCACGCCACCACGCCGUGAGUCGUCCAUGAAUGAGCAGCGAAUGACGCGUGUGUUUCCCGUAAUCGUCUUUUGUGCUCGAUCGCACCUCGAUAUCCUUGCUUGGUGACGUGUGUUCUUUGUGCGCCACGCUUUCUGGCUGUGCUGCACGCAGAAAGUUACGAGAGUUAACUUUCGAGUGUUCGCGGAAACGGUGCGCCAACGGAGGAGGAGGAUUAAAGAAACGCAUCGUGUGUGUGGUGUUUCUUCACGUCGCGUCGGUUUCUAAUUUGCCGCAGCGGCAGGGAGAGAAACGUUUGAUUGAAUAUCGAAGGGAGGAAGUGUGAUAAAUAAUAGCGAGCGGGAGAGUAGUGCUUUGGAGGACGCGUGUUGGCUGGUCGUUCCGUUGGUGCGUGUGAUUGUUUUCUCACUUAACUUGGCCCGUUUUGGUGCAUCGCUCUUUACGAACUGAGCCGGCAUCUCAUGUUGUUUACAAAUCAAGGCGAUUACGUUACUGCACGUCUUGUACACACUGUGUUACUCGCAUGCAACAGGCGACACCGCGUUGCCAAAGUUUCCUCUUGAUUAAUCGAUCGGAAAUUACAGCCGGUCAGAGUGAUACCUCUCAAGGAUUUGAAUGAAUCGCGCGGUUCACUGAUAGACGCAGAAGAGACAUUCAGAGAAACCGAGGAAGAAGGAACGAAGCGUAGAGGAGCGCGGCGCAUUGGCGUAGUGCCGGCAAGAACGGUCGCGUCUAGGGAAAAAUCGGUGAAUAGUUUCGGGUGCACGCGCAAGGAAUAUCAGCCGUGUAAUUACGCGAAGGUAGCGCGCGGCUUAGAAUCAAUACGACUGGAUUACUUAGGCGACGGUUUAACUCCGAGGAUCGAGAGAAAGCGUGGCUAAUAACCGACGAAACACGCGUGUCUAGCGGCCGAACGAUUUUUCGACUGGCGUUUAAAGGCACAAGGCAAACGACGCAGAAAAGACGAGCUGCACUACGGAGUUGCUGCGUAUGCCUUGAUGGGGUGUGCUUUCAGUGUGUUUGGGCGGGGUGUGAGGCAGUCGUUGCUACCGCGUCGGCUCAUGCAGCCGGUCUGUUAAAAAUGGCAGCGUCGUCCGAUUUUUAUGUAUCGGAUAACAAUUAUUGGCUACGACCGAGGAAGAAAUCCAGUUGACAUCCGGGCGCGGGCAGUUAGGAGGGACAGUGAGUACUGAACACGUGGUCCGUUGAGGGAGCAGCUAGUCUAGUUUACUACUAGGUGCGUGUGUCGACUAGCUACACCCCUGGCGCACGUGCGUACGUGUAUUUCCUCGAGUCGUCGCGAACGGUGCACGUGUGAGUGACAAAUCGCGAGUGAAAGUGCUGGAGACUAGUGACUUUUUUUCGUGCCGUCACGCGUUCCUCACAGGCUUCCUGUAUUUUCAUUCGCGAAACCUGUCUUGACAGUUAAAACUUGACGUUUCGGAACGUCUGUGUCGAUACAAUCACGUUCGUCCAGUGUUUACCAUGUAUCUUUACCUUAUGGUUAAUUAAAUCAAUGAAGUAUACGUAUGGUAAACAAAAAUUCGAUCUUUCUAACGGUUACGGAGAAUUAUUACGAUUCGUUCGAUGUGAAUUAAUGCGUGAUUAAAAACCUUCGGUAAAUACGAAUACGAAUACGAAUGCUGUGGCGCCACCUGCACGCUACGUCCCUGACAAGGGUCGUCUGUUGACUCUGGUGGUGUUUAUUCGCGCUUGCCUCUUCUCUCUCUCUCUCUCUCUCUCUCUCUCUCUCUCUCUCACUUGCACCGAGUCAUUUGUGUUUGGACGAUCGUGAAUUUUUUUGCAAUGUGACGAGAAAAUGAAUGAAGAUUAGCGUGAUGUCGGACCUGUGCACGCGCCUAACAGUGGGUGCGCGCCUGGAUCUCGACUCGAAACUUGGUGGAACGUCUUGAAACAGGUCGAAAAUCAGCAUGAAAAUGCCGGCAACGCGACCGUACAGGUGCCCAUUGUUAUUCACAGCUUUCACAGUUUUCGAUGAGACGGUGCAUCGACAGACUGCGAAUCCGGACUCCUGAAAAGUAUCGUGAAUCGUGCUUCGUGCGCUUUAAGUCCCCUCGCCGUCGGUGGGACUCGCGAAACGCGUUCUAACCGCACUAUAGGUUAGGUUACCGGCACAUAACCUUAAUUCAAUUCUAAGGAAAACUCGAGUUGUUACACAUGCAGGAAUUGAAACGUGACCUUCUUGUGAUCUCAUUUAAUUGAGAGUUAAACGUAUCUAGGAAGAUUGACCUUUUCUUUGCCAAGUGCUGAUUCCUACAUUGUGGGUGAUCGGUGCAAUGGAAUGAUCUGGGUGACCAUAGGACAAUGAAGGCCAAUGGGACAAACAAUGGCUGUAGCCGCCUAAACACGCCAUUGGCAGCCACUACCACGCUGGAGGAUCCGGGAACACCAGCCUCUUGGAAGGGCCCGCCGCCCGGCUCGGAGGCAUCGCCUUUUACACCCAACUCCGUUGGCCAGGGUGGUGGCCCUGGCUCCGGUCCUUACAACAGUACAGGUGGUCCACCGAGCAAUGCGGCCUUCCAGGGUCCGAGUCCUUUCCCCGGUGGUGCUGGUAGUCCAGCAGGGGCACCACCCUAUCAAGGUCCUCCUCCCGGUUCCGCGACUCCUCAAUAUACUGCCUCGCCAGCGCCUAGUGGUUCCUCGACACCUGGUCCCGGACCACCGCCGAAUUCGUCGGGCUUCCCUCCGCCGCCGAAUAAUUCCGGGCCACCGUAUAAUGGGCCCGGACCGAGCCCGUUCGGUUCGCCAUCUGGCGGGCCACCGCAGUUCGUCGGUCGACCCGGUUCCUCAGGACCGCCGUUUGUACCUCCGGGAGCAGGGAAUCCUCAUUUUCCUUCGCAUGGUCAACCGUUUGGAGGUCCCCAGUACGGUAUGCCACCUGGAAGCCCAUUCGGACCAGGCCAUCCGAUGACAGGACCUAUUGGGCCUGGACAUCCAGCAAUGAUGGGUCCUGGGGGUCCCGUCGAUAGGAUAGAGCAAGGAUCGUUGCCUGUCCCCAGGAGGCAUACUCCGUACUUUGGCCAGCCGGACUACAGGCUCUACGAGUUGAACAAGAGGUUACAGCAGCGUACAGAGGAGAGCGACAAUCUCUGGUGGGACGCGUUCGCGACUGAAUUCUUCGAGGACGACGCAACCUUAACCCUCACGUUUUGCUUGGAGGACGGUCCCAAGAGAUACACGAUAGGUAGGACGUUAAUACCUAGGUACUUCCGUUCGAUAUUCGAGGGCGGAGUAACGGAACUUUACUACAAUUUGAAACACCCGAAGGAGUCAUUUCACAAUACCAGCAUAACCCUCGACUGUGAUAACUGCGUUAUGGUAACACAUCACGGAAAACCAAUGUUCACGAAGGUAUGUACGGAGGGUAGAUUAAUAUUGGAAUUCACGUUUGACGACCUUAUGAGGAUAAAGUCGUGGCACAUGUCGGUGAGAACGCACAAGGAACUCGUGCCUAGGACUGUGGUCGGUAUGCAACAGGAUCCGACGAUGCUUGAACAGCUUAGCAAGAACAUCACCAGGCAGGGCAUCACCAAUUCCACCCUGAAUUACCUUAGGUUAUGUGUGAUCUUGGAGCCGAUGCAAGAACUGAUGUCGAGGCACAAGGCGUACGCGUUGUCACCGCGGGACUGCUUGAAGACGACCUUGUUCCAGAAAUGGCAGAGGACGUUUGCCCCGCCGGGUAAGAGAGAAUCGCAGAGGCCGGCCAGUAAACGGAGAAAGCGAAAGGGUAGCACGCCGGGGCCAGGAAAUAACGCGCCGCCUGCGCCCAGCAAAAAGAGAUCGCCGGGACCUAAUUUUUCUCUGGCGUCACAGGACGUGAUGGUUGUGGGUGAACCGUCGCUGAUGGGAGGGGACUUUGGCGAGGAGGACGAACGAGUAAUCACGAGGUUGGAGAACACGCAGUACGACGCUACGAACAGUUUGGACCCUCAUAGUCACGACACGCCGGGUGGACCACCUCCGCAUCCUCAUCAAUUCCAUUCGGAACCGACCCCGGGUAAUUCUUGGCCUCCGGAUCGCGGUCCUGGACCGCCACAAGGAGGACCCGGUAGUCAGGGAGUUCAAGGCGGACAAGGCGGAGGAGCAGCAGGUGUACAGGGAACGCAGGACGCCAAUCAACAGCAACAAGACAAGAAAAGCCCCGCGGUGAGCCAGUGAGGCCAGGAGUCCCCGCGCCCCCCCACCAGGGGGCGACGGGGGCGCAGGCCCAAGAACAUGGCUCCCUAGCGGGGCGAGAACCCUAACCUCCCCGGCGCCUACUUGGCCUCGUCUGGCUGUUCGGCCAGCAGGCUGUCGCACGUUGGCGUACAUCCGCUGGCCUGUCAUCAGGCUGGGCUGUCCGGGCAUCAUACGGAGCAGCAGGUGC